GCUGCGCUGGGUGACAUCGCAGCGUGGGUUCGGUCCGAUACUGGGAGACACGGUGCCACCAGGCGGGCAGAGCGAGCGGCAGAUCGCAGUGCUGACCUGUGUGCACAGAGCAGGGCUGCUGCUAGCACAUCUGUUCCCCUGGUUCUUGCUGUUGGAGGAAGCCAGUCAUGGGGGAAACAGGCAAAGAAGAGUAUAAAAUACAGUCAUUUGACACUGAGACUCAGAAGCUGCUGAAAACAGCACUCAAAGACCCCAGCAAUGUGGACCUGGACAAAGUGGCCAAUGUUAUAGUUGACCAGUCCCUCAAAGACUGUGUGUUCAGCAAGGAAGCAGGGCGCAUCUGCUACACCAUCAUCCAGGCAGAGAGCAAACAGGUCGGACAGAGCAUCUUCCGGAGGAGCCUGCUGAACCGGCUGCAGCAGGAGUACAAGGACAGGGAGGAUCUGCGCAACCGGUCACUGCAGGCAUGGAUAUGCUACGUCACGUUCAUCUGCAACAUCUUUGACUACCUGAAGGUGAACAACAUGCCCAUGAUGGCUUUGGUGAACCCUGUUUAUGACUGUCUGUUCCGACUAGCACAACACGAUAGCCUACAGAAGGAGGAAGAGGUGGACUGCUUGGUCCUACAGCUCCAUCGCAUUGGUGAACAGCUAGAGAAGAUGAACUCCCAGCGGAUGGAUGAGCUCUUCUCCCUCCUUCGAGAUGGCUUUCUUUUACAGGAGGGGCUCAGCUCCCUGUCCCAGCUCCUGCUGCUGGAGAUCAUUGAGUUUCGGGCUGCUGACUGGAAGAUGACAGAUGCCGCCCAGAAAUAUUAUUAUAGCGAAGUGACAGAUUAACCCCUCUACAGCAGAAGUGAAGAUGUCCACAGCACUUUCACCAGCUUAAUAUUAAGUUUGAAUUUUUCUUUUUUCUUUUUUUUUCUGUUUUCUUUGUUUUAGCACUUCCUGUAAAUAGGAUUUAUACUGGCUGGAGCCUCUGGUCAUAUGACUGCCAGCUGUCAGUCUGACUGGCACUAGCCUGAUUUUGAAUGUUUAGACAGGGGGGCACACUGAAACCAGCAAGUUCUUCCACUCAUUUUGUUUAACAAUGGGCUGCUGCCAGCAGGAAGCAAGGCUUCUAGCUCAAACCAGCAUUUUCUAUAAGCGUUAAGGAAGGCCAAGAGCAUUUUGGUUGACCCAAGAGCCAACGCUACUGAGGGAAGCAGAGGGGAAAUAUUUUCCAGCUCACAGUCCCAACUCAGGUUGUUUGGGAAAAGUUACGGAACAUACUGUGAGAUGCAUCCCAAACAGCUCACACAUUGCUGCUUUUCACUACUUCCAGCAGACUGGCAGUAUCUGUGUGAGUGUAUAACUAUGGGGCACUAGCUACAAAUAUCUGCUGGCAGCUUCCAACAGGAUACGGGUUCUUGAGCACACAUGGCUAGACACAAAUUUUAUGUUUUAUAUAGUAACUGUUCUGGGUUUUUUCAAAAUCUGGUGAGGUUCAAAUAUAGUAUGUUUCUUAUGAGAAUGGGAGAGGAAGAAAGAAAACAAAAUAGUCUACUGGGUGUUUCUUGUAAUAAAAGUUUUCCACUAACAUGUGCCCUGCUUUCUCUCUGAGCAGCUGCUGAGCUGGAAGCAAUACUUAAAAGUUGCUCCUGAUGAAGGCAAGAAGGUUGUGAUGUUAAUUAUUUCCUCCAGUACAGGGUGGCAGAGGGCGCUUAUGCAGCCAGAGCAGCUGGAAAGAACAGUGUGAGAUAAAAGCAACAGAGACAACAGUUUGGAAUCAGGAAACCUUCCCUGUAAAGCACUGGUAUUAUUUUUUCUGUUAACACUCCACUGAAAUCUGUACAAUGUUGCUGAUGAGCAGAACCAAAAGUUGAGGCUUGUUAUGGUAUGGAAAAAAACCCUCCAGAUCUGCUCUUUCCUAGUUAUGCAGCCAGAAAAAUGUUGCUGCAAGAGCAGAUUUAAAAGUCCCUAGGAAACACAUGAGUGGAACAGAUUAUUUUGUACAGUGUUGCUGUAACAAAAGCAUAUAAGGCUUGUCUUCACAGAAAAGUGAUUAUGAAAAAACUAGCAUAUCUGUGCAGGGAUCAGUAACUGUUUCAGAUUCCUCCUUUUCCCAUCCAGACAAGCGCAAAGCAAAUGAACUGUGUGGGGACUGGAGAAGCUUUCCUUGGCUUAGUUCUGCUGUCCAGAAGGGAUUUUCCACCUUUCCCUCUACUUCCCAGCUUCUGUCAAGCAGGUGGCCCGGGGACUCUGCUCCCCACAACCUGAGAGCACUGACAGACAGAGCUCUGCAGUGUGUGCAUCCCGUGCAAAGUCCCUACCACCAGCGGAAGUGGGCGUAAGCCCGGUUGGCUUCUGCCAUCUUGUGCAGCACAUGCUUCUUCUUGAUGAUGGGUCCUUCGUUGUUGAAGGCCUGGAUCAGCUCCUCAGAAAGCUUCUCAGGCAUCAGUGUCCGGCGGUGCUUGUUCUCCCUGCACUCGGUGAUUAACCACUUCAUGGCCAAGAAGCGCUUGCGGUUGUCCUUCAAAGGGACUGGCACCUGGGACACAUUUAAACCACAACAGUUACUGCACAGAGAGGGACAGCAGCCUGCACUGUUAUCUGGUCAAUCUUUUCUGCUGUCAUGACCGAAGUCAGAGAUUUGGGGCUCCUACUCAAGUCCCAUGAUGCAGAAAAGAGGAUUGGUCCGUGAGCACCUGUACAGCUCAUUCUUUUGCUGCCUGCCACUGAUCUCUGACUCCUUAGAUGAUGUUUGCUGCAUGUGUCUUAGUUCCACUGGGACAGAAAUUAGUUUUUCUCACAGUCCUGGGUAUGUUUGGCAUUAGAAGGAAAACAAAACUGGUAAUGCACCAUUGUUUAAACUUAUUGCUGGGCAGUGCCAAGGACAUUCCAGCUCCUCAGCUUUUUGUAUUGCUCUGCCAGCAAGGGGACUGGGAAGAGGCAGGCCCAGGGCAGCUGAUCCAAACUAAGAGGUAUUCCAUACCAUAUGACAUAAUGCAAAUAUAAGGGAGAGGAGUUAGCUGGGGAGGGGCUGCUGCUCAGGGACUGGCUGGGCACGGUCAUUGGGUGGUAAGCAAUUGCUUUUGUGUAUCACUUGUCUCUGUGUGUGUAUGUAUAUACAUAUAUAUGUGUAUAUAUAUAUGUAUGUAUAAAUACUGUUAUUUUCUUUGAUUUUUUUUUCCUUAGUAAAUAGUCUCCACCUCAACCCA